AUGGAUGAUGCUUUAGCCAUUUUGGUCAUAGAAGCUGUCAUGGUCAGCUGUUUUACCAUUUUUGCUGGGUUUUUUUUUCUUUCACUUCUCUUUGCCCUUUCCUUCUUUUUACUAUUUUUCUCUUUCACUUGUCCUUUCUUCUUCUUUCUCUACUCACUCUUCUUCAUUCACUACUAUUUGCUCUAUUCCUUUUGUAUUUCUUCCUACUUGUCUUUGUCCAUUUCUUCUUUUCAUCAGUGUUUCUUCCUUUCAAUAAUCUUUCUCAAAUACUUUCUCUUCCCCCCUUUUUUUCUUUCAUUUCCAUCUUUUAUUCAUUCUUUCUGCUUCUUUAUAAUUCUCUGUUUCCUUUCUUUUUUUUCUUUGCGUUCUCCUUUCUUUUUAUAUUUCUUUUUCUAUAUGUUCUUCGUUCUUUCCAUUUAUUAUUGUUUCCAACACAUUCUUAUUGUUUCUUUCCUUCUUUUAUAUAAUUUUUUAUUCUUUCUUUAUUCUCUUCAUUUUUUUUUUCUUCUAUUUCUUCUUUCUUUCUUUAUUCCCCCCCCCCCCAUUUCUUUAUAUUUUCCUUCUUACUUCCCUUGA